AUGGUUGUUGAAUUGAGGAAGCGCAAGGCGCACCAGCAGCCUGCCGUCGAGCAGCCUGCGCCAAAGAAGAAGGCUUCGUCGCAAAAGCUGAACAAGAACGCCAAGGCAGCGCCCGCGAAAGCAAAGAAGGCUGCCGUCGAUGCGGACAAGGCCGCAGCUGAGCAGCCUGACAAAUCAACCAACGGUACUACUGACAAGGUGGAAGAUGUGAAGGUCAAGGACGCCGCCCCUGCGCAACCCAAGACGUACAGCGAGGGGGACGUCGUGGGUGACUUGGAGACCUUUGGCGGUGAGGUGCAGACACACGAGGGCGAGACGACAACGUUGAAGGACCUUCUCGACGCGAGCGAAAAGGCAGUGGUGCUGUUCACCUAUCCGAAAGCGUCAACCCCAGGCUGCACCACGCAGGUCUGCCUAUUCCGUGAUGCACACGAUGAGAUCAAAGCUCCUGGACUGUCCGUCUACGGCCUCAGCGCAGACUCGCCCAAGGCCAACACCACUUUCCACACCAAGAAGGAGCUGACAUACCCCCUGCUUUGCGAUCAGAAGCGCACUCUGAUCAAGGCGAUCGGACUGGCUAAAGUCCCCAGUGGUACCACACGAGGCGUCUUUGUCAUCGACAAGCAGGGCAAGAUCUUAUUGUCCAGGUCGGGAGGGCCAGCUGCGACAGUGGACGCUGUGAAAGCCUUGCUCGAGACCAUAUAG